UAAGGUAGAAGGGGAGGGCUGCCUUGGUGUCAUUUGAUCGGCCAUGGGCUUUGAAGAUCAGAAAGCUUACACAGCUGGGCCUACUGACAACACAUAGGUUUGUGAGUCGGUGGCAAAAGGGCUUGUGUCUUGGCAGUGGAAUUAAAGGGAAUUGUAGGGGACGCGCACAACUGAAUAAAAACACAGCACUGGCCGGACAUACUGGCAUCACAGAGGAUGGAUGCUAACCGGUAAUCCGUGAGUCUGAGAAGUUUUCCCGUGUGUCAAUUGGAUAUAUAAUAAGUCUAUACUGGACUUAUUCUGGAUCUAAAUCGACAAGAGGAUUUGACAUCGUUUUUGUGAAUGUUACACAAAACGUUCAGGUAAGGUCUACACUUUUCUGAAGCAGGAAGCUUUUACUUUCUGUGUCAACCAUGGGGCUGGGAAUACAGCUUUUUCUCAGUGUGGUGAUACUUACGACUUCACAGUUGGUGGCGGUCAGCUUUCCUGAAGAUGAUGAACCCAUUGACACUGUAGACUACCACUAUUCAAGGCAAUAUCCUGUAUUCAGAGGACGUCCUUCAGGCAACGAAUCUCAGCACAGGCUGGACUUUCAGCUGAUGGUGAAAAUUCAAGACACACUUUUCAUAGCUGGCAGGGAUCAGGUCUACACUGUCAGCCUAAAAGAAUCAUAUAGGAAUGAAAUCGUUCCUUACAGGAAAUUAACAUGGAGAUCCAGGCAGCAAGACAGGGAAAACUGUGCCAUGAAGGGAAAGCACAGAGAUGAAUGCCAUAAUUUCAUAAAGGUCUUCGUUCCAAGAAAUGAUGAUCUGGUUUUAGUCUGUGGCACAAACGCUUUCAACCCCAUGUGCAGAUAUUACAGAUUGGACAACCUGGAAUAUGACGGUGAAGAAAUUAGUGGUUUGGCAAGAUGCCCAUUCGAUGCCAAGCAGACCAAUGUUGCCAUAUUUGCUGACAGCAAACUUUACUCUGCAACGGUGGCAGAUUUCCUGGCAAGUGAUGCAGUCAUAUAUCGCAGCAUGGGAGAUGGAUCAGCCUUGAGAACAAUAAAAUACGAUUCUAAGUGGUUAAAAGAGCCACACUUUCUACAUGCCUUAGAGUAUGGGAAUUAUGUGUACUUCUUCUUUAGAGAAAUAGCAGUGGAACACAAUAAUCUGGGGAAGGCUGUGUAUUCCAGAGUGGCACGCAUAUGUAAAAAUGACAUAGGUGGCUCCCAAAGAGUACUAGAAAAACACUGGACCUCAUUUGUGAAGGCUCGCCUCAACUGCUCUGUUCCUGGGGAUUCGUUUUUCUAUUUUGAUGUUCUGCAAUCCAUCACGGACAUAAUAGAAAUCAAUGGCAUCCCCACGCUUGUUGGCGUAUUUACCACACAGCUUAAUAGCAUUCCAGGAUCUGCUGUGUGUGCUUUCAGCAUGGAUGAUAUUGAAACCGUGCUCAGCGGCAGAUUUAAAGAACAAAAAACUCCGGACUCUGUUUGGACAGCUUUUCCUGAAGAUAGAUUACCUAAACCUAGGCCUGGCUGCUGUGCAGGACAUGGUCUGGCAGAGUCUUACAAAACCUCCAUUGAUUUCCCCGACGAAACCCUAUCCUUUAUCAAAUCCCAUCCUUUGAUGGAUUCUGCUGUCCCAUCCGUCACUGAGGAGCCCUGGUUCACAAAGACUCGCGUCAAGUACAGGCUCACUGCAAUUGCAGUGGACAAUUCGGCAGGUCCUUAUCAAAACUACACAAUACUUUUUAUUGGCUCCGAAGCAGGCGUGGUCCUCAAAGUCUUGGCAAAGGCUCCCCUUUCUCUGAAUAACAGCGUUUUACUGGAAGAGAUUGAUGUCUUUAACCAUGGAAAGUGUCUAUCCAACAGUGAGGAAGACCAAAAGAUCAUGUCACUUCAGUUGGACACCGAUAAUCAUGCCUUGUUUGUGGCCCUUUCAAGCUGUGUGAUCAAGAUACCACUCAGUCGCUGUGAACGUCAUGGCUCCUGUCAAAAGUCUUGUAUCGCAUCACGGGAUCCAUAUUGUGGCUGGAUGGCUGACGGAUCAUGUGAAAGGAUUCAACCGGGUAUGAUCUCUGGGUAUGAACAAGAUGUGGAACAUGGCAACACCAUGCGACUUGGAGGUUGUCACGAAUUUGUGGCUACUACAGCUAUGCCAGAUUACAAAACAUUUGGCGAUCCAACAUCUGACAUGGCGUUGUCAUCACCCCCUGCCACCACAAUGGCAUCUGGCCCUAUAGUUUCACCAAAAGCCAUUGGCCCACUCUUACCUGAACUGAUUGGUUCACGGAAAUUUGUGCUCCAAGAUGAUCCUGACACUUCUGAUUUUUAUGAUCCAUUAUCAGGGGUCCCAAAGGGUGUGUGGGAGGUUCAGUCAGGAGACUCCAAUCAAAUGGUUCACAUGAAUGUCCUGAUCACCUGUGUUUUUGCUGCUUUUCUCCUGGGUGCCUUCAUAGCUGGCGUGGCAGUUUACUGUUACAGAGAUGCUUUCAUACGAAAACCCAGGAAAAUUCACAAAGACGCUGAAUCGGCUCAGUCUUGCACAGACUCAAGUGGAAGCUUUACAAAACUAAAUGGAUUGUUUGAUAGCCCAGUGAAGGAAUACCAGCAAAAUAUUGAUUCGUCUAAGCUGUACACAAGCUUAUUGAGUAAUGGGAAAGAUAUGCCGACUAAUGGAGACACAAAGACGAUGAUAUUGAGCAGCCAUAGUCAACCUCCAGAACUAGCUGCUCUUCCAACUCCCGAGUCUACCCCAGUUCUUCAGCAGAAAAGCAUGCAGCCUAUUAAGAACCAGUGGGAGAAAGCUAAUAAUGUAAAGGUUUCGAGAAAGGAAUCUCCUCUCAAAAGCCCUCAGUAUUUUCCAUCUAGCCCUCCACCUCACUCCCCUAUUGGACACGGACAUAUUCCAAGUGCUGUUGUUCUUCCGAAUGCUACCCAUGACUACCGUGCUUCCUUCUCAAAUCCAGAUUUCCACAGAUCUGAAAGGAAAAUGCAGAAGAUUGAUCAGCCUGCAUGUGGAAAAUCAAGCAAAAAAGACCAGAGACGAUCUGUGGAUGCAAGGAAUACCCUGAAUGACCUUCUGAAACAUUUAAAUGAAACGAACAGCAAUCCAAAAUCUAUACUUGGAGAAGUCCCCAUGACCCACCAAAGCCUGCCACUGGACCCGAUGACAGAGAUGCCACCUAAGAUUCCCAGUAGAGAGGCUUCUCUUUAUUCUCCCUCUUCCACUCUUCCAAGAAACAGCCCAACUAAACGGGUUGAUGUGCCCAGUACUCCAACAACACCAACAAUACCAAUGAACACAUUAGAAAGACAGAGGGGGUAUCACAGAAGUUCUUCACAAAGGCACUCACUGUCUGGCCUGCCUAAAAACAUUAACUCACCAAAUGGUGUGCUAUUGUCAAGACAACCUAGUAUGAACAGAGGGGGAUAUAUUACUCCCAACCCCCCAUCUAGAUUAGACUUGCAUGGAACACCAAUUGGUGUUCAUUCUCAACCCUCUUUAUCCAGACAGAGCAGCUACACAGGGCAUGGCUCACUUCCACGAACUGGAAUCAAGAGGACACCCUCCAUAAAACCAGAUGUUCCUCCAAAACCCAAUGGGUUUGUUCCUCAGACUGCUCCAAUGAGACCAGUAAACAAAUACAGCUACUAAAGUUUGUAUUCACUUUGCGAAAGAACCAGGUGUAGUUGCAUCCUACCGAGAGGUGUUACUGAUGUUGUAGAAAGACUAUGGAAAGGUGGAAAAGCAAGUGGCCAAAGAAGCUACUUCCAACAGCAUCAUCUUCUCUUUUUUUUGCAAACUAUGCCAGGAGGACAGCAAGUUUUCUGUUUCAAUACGAGGACAAGAGGUGGUUGUGACUUGUGUUGCACUCAAGUCUGGAGCUGAGGAAAAUCAAACUGCUUGGAGGGACUUAAGAGUUUGUUUUAUGCCAAUUUUGGCAUUCUGAAUUACCAUGCAAGAAUACUUGAAUGGGUUCCGUUAUUCACUGCCACAGAGCAUUGUCUUCCCAUUUAAUGUGAAAUUGGGGGGG